AAGAGUCUCACUACCAUCCCUCACUCCAGAAACAUAAGCCAGGGGGUUUUCUGUUUGUAGAGAGAAAUAUUAGGAUACACCUCAACAUUUCUUAGAGAAAAAACCAUAUAAAAAAAUACCAUUUUCUCCCUAAAGAAAAUAUUGUUACACCAUAGUCCUCUCAAGUUUUUCCAUUGUGUAGUGAAUACGCAACAAUGGAGAGAACGGGAAGUGCGGCUCAUAGUCAGCGAACGAGCCGGAACAUGAGCCGGAACUUGAGCCUAACGAUAACGAGAAGCUUAAGCAAAGCGGAAGAUAUAUUUUUAGCCGGAAACCGAUACUCGAGGAGAAGUAGCACAAAAGGCGAAGAAGAUGAAGAAGCCCUAAAAUGGGCUGCCAUUGAGAAGUUGCCAACUUAUAAUAGGUUGAGAACAACUUUAAUGGAGUCUCAUACGGUUAAUGAUGGAGCCAUGAGAAUGCAUAAAGAAGUUGAUGUUGCUAAGCUUGAUGUUAAUGACAGGGAGAUGUUUAUCAAUAAGAUUUUUAAAGUUGCUGAAGAAGAUAAUGAGAAGUUCUUGAAAAAAUUUAGAAAGAGAAUUGACAGGGUUGGAGUGCAGCUACCGAGCGUAGAAGUGAGAUAUGAGAAUUUAACGAUCGAAGCGGAUUGCCAAAUCGGGAGCCGAGCUCUUCCUAGCAUUGCAAAUGCUACUAGAAAUAUGGUAGAAUCCGCCAUCGGUGUGUUUGGAAUUAAUUCCAAGAGAACAAAGCUUACUAUAAUUAAAGAUGCUUCGGCCAUUUUAAAACCAUCAAGGAUGACUCUAUUAUUGGGCCCUCCAUCCUCGGGGAAAACAACUCUUUUGCUAGCAUUGGCUGGAAAAUUGGACCCAAGCCUGAAGGUAAGUGGAAAUAUAACCUAUAAUGGGUAUAAGCUGAAUGAAUUUGUGCCUCGAAAAACAUCAGCAUAUAUCAGCCAAAAUGAUGUUCAUGUUGGAAUUAUGACUGUCAAAGAAACCCUAGAUUUCUCUGCAAGAUGCCAAGGAGUUGGCUACAGAUAUGAUUUGUUAAGUGAACUUGCAAGGAGAGAAAAGGAAGCAGGAAUAUUUCCUGAGAAAGAAGUGGAUUUUUUCAUGAAAGCAACUGCACUGGAAGGAGCUCAAAACAAUCUUUUUACAGAUUAUACCCUCAAACUGUUAGGUCUUGAUAUAUGUAAAGAUACCAUUGUCGGAGAUGAAAUGCUCCGGGGAAUAUCCGGUGGUCAGAAGAAGAGAGUAACAACAGGAGAAAUGAUUGUUGGACCGACAAAAACGCUAUUCAUGGAUGAAAUAUCAACGGGUUUAGACAGCUCGACGACAUUUCAAAUAGUUAAAUGCCUGCAACAGAUUGUGCACUUAACUGAAGCAACAGUGUUGAUGUCGCUACUACAGCCUCCUCCUGAAACAUUUGAUUUGUUUGACGAUGUCAUUCUUCUUUCUGAAGGUCGAAUUGUCUACCAGGGUCCAAGAGACCACAUUCUUGAAUUCUUCGAAUCUUGUGGUUUCCGUUGCCCCGAAAGAAAGGGAACUGCCGAUUUCUUGCAAGAGGUUACUUCAAAGAAAGACCAAGAGCAAUACUGGGUAGACAGAAGUAAACCAUACAAAUAUAUAUCAGUUCCUGAAUUUGCAGAAAAGUUCAAGAGCUUUCAUGUCGGGUUCCAUCUACAGAAUGAGCUAGCAGUGCCAUUCGACAAGUCUCGAGGCCAUCCAGCGGCUCUAGCAUUUGCAAAAUAUUCAAUUCCGAGAAAAGAUCUGCUCAAAGCUUGUUGGGAUAAAGAAUGGCUGCUGAUGAAAAAAAAUGCUUUGGUUUUUGUGUCAAAGACGAUCAAGAUUAUUAUUAUGGCAUUAAUAGCAUGCACGGUAUACAUAAAGCCAAGAAUGCAUACAAAGACCGAAGAAGAUGCAUCAGUAUUUGUCGGUGCACUUAUAUUCACUAUGGUCACUAACAUGUUUAAUGGUUAUGGUGACGUUGCUAUGACAAUCGCAAGACUUCCAGUGUUUUACAAGCAAAGGGACCUUCUUUUCCAUCCAACUUGGACAUUUACUCUUCCAACUGUCUUGCAAGCAUUGCCUAUUUCAGUCGUGGAGUCCAUCGUAUGGGUGUCUAUAACUUAUUACUCUUCUGGAUUUGCACCUGAAGCUAGCAGGUAUUUCAAGCAUCUGUUGGCAGUAUUCUUGAUUCAACAAAUGGCUUCAGGAGUCUUCAGACUCAUUGCUGGAGUGUGCAGGACUAUGAUCAUUGCAAAUAAUGGAGGAGCACUUGUUCUCCUCAUUAUGUUCUUGCUUGCAGGAUUCUCUCUACCUAAAGAUCAAAUUCCAAAUGCAUGGGAAUGGGCUUAUUGGCUUUCACCCAUGACUUAUGGUUACAAUGCCCUAACUAUUAAUGAAAUAUAUGCUCCAAGGUGGAUGAACAAACUGGCUUCAGAUAAUAGUACGAAGUUAGGGAUAGCAGUGCUACAAGACUUGGGAAUUUUCCGAGAUGAGAAUUGGUAUUGGAUUGGUGUCGGUGCUCUCCUAGGAUUUUCAGUUCUUUUCAACGUCCUCUUCACCUUUGCUCUAAUGUACUUGAGUCCUCUUGAAAAAAAGCAAGCAGUAAUCUCCGAGGAAGCAGCAUUGGAAUUGGAAGAUGAAGAAGACUUGAAUGGCGAACCAAGACUAAAAGUAAGCAAGUCACAGAAAGAAACAUUGCCCCACUCAUUAACUGCUGCUGAUGGAAAUAAUACACGAGAAUUGGAAAUUCAGAGGAUGAGCAGCCCUCCAAAUCCGAGUGGACGAUCUAUAAAUGCUGGUACUAUGGACGCGGCGACAGGCGCUCCUCCUAAGAAAGGAAUGGCUCUUCCUUUCACUCCAUUGGCAAUGUCCUUCGAAAAUGUCAAUUAUUUUGUAGAUAUGCCUGUUGAAAUGAAACAACAAGGAGUUGGAGAAGACAGGCUUCAAUUACUUAGGGAAGUAACAGGUGCAUUUAGGCCCGGAAUCCUGACAGCUUUAAUGGGAGUAAGUGGAGCAGGAAAAACAACAUUGAUGGAUGUUUUAGCUGGAAGAAAAACUGGUGGAUACAUUGAAGGCGAUAUCAGAAUUUCAGGAUACCCCAAGAAUCAAGAAACCUUUGCCAGAAUUUCAGGAUAUUGUGAACAGAAUGAUCUCCACUCACCUCAAGUCACAGUUAAAGAAUCCUUGAUCUACUCUGCAUUCCUUCGCCUUCCUGCACAAGUUAGCAAAGAGGAAAAAAUGACUUUCGUUGAUCAAGUGUUGGAAUUGGUAGAGCUAGACAAUCUUAAAGAUGCAAUAGUUGGGCUGCCUGGAGUGACAGGGCUGUCAACAGAACAACGAAAAAGGUUGACAAUUGCGGUGGAGCUUGUUGCUAAUCCUUCAAUUAUUUUCAUGGACGAACCGACUUCCGGACUUGAUGCAAGAGCAGCAGCAAUUGUGAUGAGGGCUGUGAGAAACACUGUGGAUACUGGUAGAACUGUUGUAUGCACAAUCCAUCAGCCUAGUAUCGACAUCUUUGAAGCCUUUGAUGAGUUGCUCCUGAUGAAGAGAGGAGGACAAAUUAUAUAUUUAGGGCCAUUAGGUCAAAAUUCACAAAAAAUUGUUGAAUAUUUUGAGGAAGUUCCUGGAGUUCCUAAAAUCACAGAGAAGGACAAUCCAUCUACAUGGAUGCUAGAAGUAAGCUCUGUAGCGGCUGAAGUCCGGCUUGGAACAGACUUUGCAGAAUAUUACAAGUCAUCAUCCUUGUGUCAGAGAAACAAAGCUUUAGUGGAUGAAUUAGCCUUGCCGCCUCCAGGAGCAAGAGACCUUUAUUUUGCGACGCAAUAUUCACAAAAUUUAUGGGGACAGUUCAAGAAUUGCCUUUGGAAACAAUGGUGGAGUUACUGGAGAAGUCCUGAUUAUAAUCUUGGCAGGAGCUUCUUCACCUUGAUUGCUGCCUUUCUAGUGGGGACUGUAUUCUGGAAAGUUGGAACUAAAAGGGACACUGCAGGUGCACUAAAUACGAUCAUUGGUGCAAUGUACUCGGCUGUCAUAUUUAUUGGUAUCAACAACUGCUCAACAGUACAACCCAUAAUAGGAAUUGAAAGAACUGUGUUUUAUCGCGAAAGAGCAGCUGGAAUGUACUCUGCAUUACCUUAUGCCCUUUCACAGGUUGUUUGUGAAAUACCUUAUGUGUUGUUUCAGACAAUAUAUUAUACACUUAUAGUGUAUGCAUUAGUAGCCUUUGAAUGGACAGCAGCCAAAUUUUUCUGGUUCUUCUUUGUCUCCUUCUUCUCCUUCCUCUACUUCACAUUCUACGGAAUGAUGACCGUUUCCAUCACGCCAGACCUUCAAGUAGCAGCCAUUUUCGCAGCAGCAUUUUACGGACUUUUCAAUCUCUUCUCAGGAUUUUACAUUCCACGACCGAAAAUUCCCAAAUGGUGGGUAUGGUACUACUGGAUGUGUCCAUUGGCAUGGACAGUGUACGGACUAAUUGUGUCGCAGUACCAUGACGUUGAAGACCGCAUCAAAGUUCCUGGAGUUUCGGUUGAUCCUACGAUUAAAGAGUAUAUUCAGGAUCAUUACGGGUAUGAUCCAGAUUUCAUGGGACCGGUCGCUGUCGUGCUGGUCGGCUUCUGCUUCUUCUUUGCUUUUAUUUAUGCAUAUGCCAUUAAAACACUCAACUUCCAAACCAGAUAAACAUUAUUAUUUUCCUGCUAUAAAGUUUUAAGCUUUCAGAGAUGUAUUUGUAAAUGUAAAGGAUUGUUCAAUUUAGUAAUAAAUUUCAAGAAAAUUUCUGAGUGCAA